CCUUGUCUCACUAGUCUGGAGUGUUGUUAAAUCAGGUGUGGGUUCAGUUUUGAUGAUUUAUUUUACUCCAGCGUAAUGAGCAGAUAUAUUUUACCCGUGUCUGCUUUUGGAGCGGUGUUUGGAUGCGCUGUUUUACUGAAAGACCAUGUGACUGGAGGCCGCUGUCCUAGUAAGGCUACCAUUAAUGGAAAGACUGUGAUUGUGACAGGAGCUAACACGGGCAUUGGGAAAGAGACUGCCCGAGAACUGGCCAGAAGAGGAGGUCGGAUUAUUAUGGGAUGUCGUAAUAUGGAGAAGUGCGAGGCAGCCGCAAAAGAAAUUCGUGGGAAAACACUGAAUCCUCACGUUUACGCACGUCCCCUCGACCUGGCCUCCACAAAGUCAAUCCGGGAGUUUGCAGAGACGAUCAAACAAGAGGAGCAGCGCGUGGACAUACUGAUAAACAAUGCAGGGGUCAUGAGGUGUCCAGCGUGGAAGACCGAAGACGGCUUUGACAUGCAGUUUGGAGUUAAUCACUUGGGCCACUUCUUGUUGACGAAUCUUCUGCUGGAUAAGUUGAAAGAGUCCGCCCCCAGCAGAGUGAUCAACCUGGCCUCUCUCGCCCACAUUGUUGGAAAGCUUGACUUUGAGGACUUGAACUGGGAGAAGAAGAAGUUUGAUACCAAGCAGGCGUACUGUCAGAGCAAGCUUGCCAAUGUUCUGUUCACCAGAGAGCUCGCCAAGCGAUUACAAGGCACAGGAGUCACAGUGAAUGCGGUGCACCCAGGAGUUGUUGCCACAGAGCUCGGGAGGUACACCAGCCUCCACCAAUCACAGUUCUCGAGCUCUGUGCUCGGUCCCUUCUUCUCACUGUUGGUGAAGAGUCCAGCACUCGGGGCCCAUCCCAGCGUCUACUUGGCUGUGUCCGAGGAGCUGGAAGGUGUGACGGGACGGUACUAUGACGUGAUGACUGAAAAGGAACCAGCGCCCCAGGCUUUGGACGAUGAGGCAGCUUGUAGGCUGUGGGAGGUCAGCAGCAGGCUGGUGGGUCUGGAGCAAGAAGGACAGUCCGGCACAUCAAACCCGUCGGCAGAGAGCCAGAACAAAGCUGCACAGACAAACCCAGCACAGACACUGGGACAGAAUGCAGGACCAGCUGUCAGCACUGUGGGGCUAUAGGUCCUCUGAGCCAGCAGGAAAUAAUGGAUCUUUAUCACUUGAGCUGUGCCAGACAUGGGAACAAUUCAGUGUCUGAGACUUUGAGUCUGGGGGUAUUUAUAAUGGCAGUCUUUUGUAUCAGUAUAUCCUCUCUCUUUUUUUAAGGAGACUUUGUGACUUUGAAUCCAUAAAUGUGUUUCAAAGUUCAAUUCAGUUUCUCUCUGCUUGUGCUAGUAAACAAAAGGCUGGAAAAUGACAAAGUGCUAGCAAUGGGGCUAGAGGGCUUGGAGAAAUGUCAUUAUGAACAAAAAGUGAAAGAGGUUUCCAACAUGGACCUAUAAAUCAUGAAUAUUUCUGUUCUUUUUAAUGUCAAAAUCACACCAACUUCCUGUUUUUCAUGGAGGUUCAAACCUUUCACUGUUAAAAACACACACACGAGCACAGACUGUGUGUCACAUGCGUUCUUUCACAAACGGCACAGAGGAGGAUGAAUUGAAACAAAUCUUUGUUUGAGUCAUGUCUGUAAUUAGAGAAGACAGCAGUCUUCCUGGAGGACUGGAGCUGUGAAACUGUUUUUCUUGUGACUUCACUAAUAAAAAGUU